AUGGAGAUCUCCGCGAUUAAAAAUCCUCACCCUAACCCCAAUUCCAAUCACCAUUCCCAUUCUCCGAGCUUUCUUCUGCCCAACGGCUUCGGUGAAAUCGAGAUCUCCGAUAUCGAGAUGAUAACGAUACAGACCGUCACCUACACCAGCCUCAGGGACCUGUUGCCGGCGUCGCCUCCGACGAUCAUGUCGCCGACCCAGAAUUCCAGCUGGCACGAGAUUCCGAUCAAGAACCCGCUCGUAAAGCACGCGGCUUUGGCUUACCUGCAGCCGAUGUCCACGCCGCCCGAGGUAGGGGACAAGGGGCUGUUGCGCAUGCUCAGGGAGAAGUGCCUCUGUGGAGGCGAGAACGGGCUCGGGUGCUUCGCGUGGCUCGGCGACGUCGUUUUGAGUGGAGUUAGGGAUGUGUUUGGGGGCGUUUGUAGGAAUGGGUGCGAGAAUGGGGAUGAGGAGGAUGAGGAUGAUGAAGAGGACGACGACGAGUACGUGAAGGUUGACUGA